CCCAUUCAGAGAACAAAGGGAGAGGAGCGCGCGCUGCCCGCGCGGGUGGGGCUGCCGGAGGAGUCUCUGAUUGGGCGGAGAGAUUCAUCCUCCUCGACCCUUGGCGCGGCUGGCUGCCCCCCUCCUUUAUUUUGGGGAGGGGUCGCUGUUAACUCUCUAGCUCCCAGCUGUUUGUGCCCUUCCUCCCCCCCCCGCCCCCGCAUCCAUCGAGCCAGCCAGCCCCAGAUAAUUCCUUCCCUUUCCUUGUUUCUCCCCUCCUUUCUUCUCCACCAUUUCAGCCCCACUGGAAGGAUUGCUACCCGGCGGCACCCAGAAAGAAAGCAUGGAUGCUACAACACAGAAAGAAGCUGCCAUCUUGUGUGUGGUGCAGUCGGGGACGCUGAUGAUGGAAUACCUGAGAGCCAGCGGCGAGGCAUCGAGUGCCUCUGCUUCCAGACGCCGAUGGGCAUUUCUGCACUCGCUGGAGCAGAGGGGGUAUGAAGACGAAGAGGAGGAAGACUCAGAGGAGGAGGAGGAAGAGGAGGAGGAGGCCUUACUCCCUCGGCAAGCUUCCAGUGCUGGAAUUCGGCGUGGCGGCCGUCUCCGGUCAGUGGAGAGGCGCUUCUGGGCACGGCCCCGGAGCACCGAAUGGUGGGACCGCACUGUUCUGGAGACCUGGGAUGACAGCCAGUGGCUGCAGAAUUUCCGGAUGCGCAAGGCCACUUUCUUGGAGCUGUGUGCCCGGCUUGCUCCAGCUCUUCAGCGCCAGAAAACGCGGAUGAGGAUCCCCCUGAGUGUGGAGAAGCGGGUGGCCAUUGCCCUCUGGAAGCUGGCCACUUCGGUGUGCUACCGCGACGUCGGUAACCAGUUCGGCGUCGGCAGGUCCACCGCCGGGUCCGUGGUAUUGGAAGUCUGCCGGGCCAUCCAGCGCGUGCUGAUGCGCACGACGGUUACCGUGGGCAGCCGCCUGGCGGAGAUCCUCGACGGGUUCAAGGAGAUGGGCUUCCCCAAUUGUGCCGGGGUGGUGGGCACCACACACAUGCCCAUCUUGUGCCCUCCUCACCAGGCCGCCGAGUACGUCAAUACCAAAGGCUACUACUCCAUGGCCUUGCAGGCAUUGGUGGAUCACCAAGGGAAGUUCACCCACCUCAGUGCUGGCUGGCCGGGGAAGACACACGAGGCCAAAAUUUUCAACAAGUCUACCUUGUUCACCAAAGGCCAGGAGGGGACUCUCUUCACCCCAGGCAGCGCAGAUAUCAACGGGGUAUCUGUUCCCAGGGUCAUCCUCGGCGGUCUGGCCUACCCUCUCCUGCCCUGGCUGAUGGUCCCUUACACAGAAGACCUGGAUGGCGCCAAGGAGUUGUUCAAUGCCACCCUGAGCAGGUGCCAGGAGCCCCUGGAGGAGGCCUUCAGCCGGCUGAAGGGCCGGUGGCGCUGCCUGACCGGCCGCAACGACUGCGCUGUGGAGAACCUGCCCCGUCUCAUCUCGGCCUGCUGCGUCUUACACAACAUCUGCGAGGAGAAAGGAGAGGCCUACGAAGAGAUGUGGGAGGCCGAAGCCAAGCAGCUGGCCGCCACCUUUGAGCAGCCCCUCCAGCGGCCUGACACGCGGAUCAAGCCCGCGGCCCGGUCGGAGAGGGUCAGGGACGCCCUCUGUGCCUACGUUGCCAGCCUGGUGUGAAGGAGAAGAGGAGGGUGUGGCGGAGCUGGGCAUGUUCUGGAACCGGGAGGAGGGGCGGCCUACUGAACCUUCAGGCCUGAGGCAGACUACGGCCCUCUCUCCUCACGACUGGUUUUGGACGUGGGUGAGUCAAUGGCAGAAGAAAAAGAAAAGGGCCGUUCCCCUCACCCACCCCACCCUCAGCUUCCACUUUCACACGAUAAAGUCGUUUUGUAAAAGCCCGGUGAUAAAUGCAUCGCUUCCUACAUCUGGGAAAUGUCCUUUCCCCGCCCCCCUCCCCAGGGGGCUUCCAGUUACAUCGUUCCUGAGGGAGGCUGCUUUUCGAAAGCCUCAUUCCCUUGUGAAAAACGUUACGGGCUGGCGGUGGGGGGGAGUUGCUUCGUGCCUCCUCAUGCCUCCGGAGUUCCUCUUCCGCCCCCCAAUGGUUGUGUGAAUUGGGCCUUGCUGAGCCUCCGGGGGCACGUCAGUGUGUGUGGCUAACCCUGGGAGGACCAGACGGGGGGGCAUCUCAAAAAUGGCUGUGUGGAUUUGGCCCUCAGGAGUUCAACUUCCGGGCCUGAGGCACCGCACGUCUGUGGGCGUCCGUGCUGCCGUGCUGUGGCACUGAAGCGGCUGCUGUGGCGAUUCCCUCUCCACACCCCUCCUGGCCUACGGGACGAGUGAGGGAGCCGCCCGAGCGCCUCCCUGCUACUCGUGGAUCUGUUCUAGUGCUGCGUCGUUAGUCCUCUUGGCCGCUCACCCCAGGCGAGCCGGCCAAGGGUGAAUACCAAAGCCAGUGCCAUUGUUGGGUACACGUCUGAUUCCUGGGAAGACCAGGCCUCCGUCUGACUUUUCUGUUUUUUCUCCCCUAAAGCCACGUCGAACUGGGAGUUCAUCUGAACAGCAGCCUAGGGACGGGGAUUUUUAAUUCUUUUGAUAUGGUCCACAUGACAUAGGAACAUAGGAAGCGGCCAUAUACUGAGUCAGACCAUUGGUCUAUCUAGCUCAGUAUUGUCCUCACAGACUGGCAGCAGCUCUCCAAGGCAUAUUUGAAGAUGCAAAAUACUUUAUUUCCCCCUCGGCCCCCCCGCCACCUUCUUUAUGCACUCUCACAGGAGUCCUGGGAGAGAGCGGGAAUUCCGUUGCUCUUUGUUUACAUAUAGCAGGUUGGAGACCAUAAUCCAUGUUUCGCUUUCCAUCUUCAGCCCCCACCCCCAUUUCCAGGGCAAUGGAUCAGCAAGUAAGCAGAGAGCAUCUUGAAUUGGAAAGAUGCCCAGUGCCCUAAAUUGAUUGGAACCUGAUUUAGCAUGUUUAUUUGACUUAUGUGUAGUAAACAAAGCUUUGGGGGAAGUAUGCUGUGUUUAUUUGAUGUGCUCAAAAAGCGCCCCCCCCCCAGCUAGCCAAAUGGAAAUAUUUGAAUAGAGGGGAAGUCAAUAAAGUAUAUAAUUAAAUGUG